CCGUCCCUGUCCCACGCACAUUGCUUUAGGCAACGUUUCUCUCACCUUGACUAUAACAAAGGGAGAAUCUUUGGCAUUUUUAGCCAAUUAUAGACCACCGUCAACAACCGUAUCCAAUAGUUUCUUCUUCUUUAACUCCAUUAAUGCUGGCUAGCUAGUUGCAUCAAGUUUUAUUAAUUUAGCUUUGAUCAUCAGUUUGCCUCAAUUCAAUGUUUCCUUUCCAACAAAAUAAUGAACUUUCUUCCCAGAUCUCCUCUAAUUAUCCCAACCAAGACAUUGUUAAUCCAUUAAUCUUGGAUUAUCAAUUCACUUCACUUGGAACAAGCAAUUACUUAAUGGAAGAUGGCCUGCAGCAACCUUCUAUAACAUUACCAUCUUCAAACCCUAAUAAUGACAAAAAGAAGAUCGUUCGCAAGGAGAUCGAACGGCAAAGACGGCAACAAAUGUCAACUCUUCAGGCAUCGCUUCGGUCCCUUCUCCCUCAUCAAUCACUCCAGGGUUUCGUUGAUGGGGGUAUGCAGGGAAAGCGCUCGAUGUCUGAUCAUGUAAAUGAAGCUGCCAAAUAUAUAAAACACCUUGAAAGUAACGUUCAAGAAUUGAGUGCUAAGAGAGAUAAGCUCAAGAAUUUGACUUGCGUUGGUGACCAAGAAGAAGGGAAUCAAAGUACAGUAGUGCACAAUAAUUCUACGAAUGCUACUGUCAGUGUCUGGUCUCAUGUGGGUGGAGUAGAGGUUGUUAUAAGUAGUGAUUCUGGAGAGGAAACUUUUCUUUUAUCAACGGUGCUAGAAGCGCUUCUUGAAGAAGGAUUUGAUAUUGUUUGCUGCAUUUCCACCAAUACAGAUGGAAGGUUAUACAGCACUAUUCAGUGCCAGGCUAGCCAUGAAACCUGCAUUGAUCCAACUACGCUGCAACAGAAAUUGAAUGAUGUGAUCUUGAAAUAAGAGAUCUAUUACUGAUUAAAUUAAUUUUUUAUUUAUAUAUUUAUAUCUGCACUGCCUUAAAUUAUAUAUAUAUAUAUACUUAUUAUGAAUCCUUAACUUUAGUUAUGUUUAUGUAUUGGCUAGCUGUAAAACAUAUCUGCUGAUGCCCUUUGGCUACCAUUUUUUCGGUGAUUGAAGUGGGAAAAUGAAAAUCUGAUUGUU